CUGCGUUUCAUUUUAAAAUGAUCUGUACUUGAAAUCUUAAAAGGCUACUCUCACCGUUUUGUUUGGUGAGUUCUUCAGGACUUCAGGUGAUAAAGCCCUUGUCUUUCCUAUCACUUGAACCCACAGACAAAUACUGUUAAAACAUUUUUUCUGGGUACUAGUCUCUGCUGAUUUUGUAAAAUCCCAGAAAUUAUGUAGCAACUACGACCAUUGUUACUUGGAACGACAUUCAGUUUGGAACGGAGAACGGGAACGGGAACGCGGAACGGAACCUAGAUUGACUCGCGAACGAUUGGUCUCAUCAUGAAGAAUAUGGUCAAGAUGGAUUGUCAUUUACGCAAAACUAUCGAUGCUACCCUUCCUCUUUUAUUGAAAAGCCGCAUUUGGAGAAGGGUGAUAAGAUCAUAAUGCCUCCAUCUGCUCUUGAUCGACUUGCAUUUCUGCACAUUGAGUAUCCGAUGCUGUUCGAGCUGAGCAAUCCAUCUGCUAGUCGUGUCACUCACUGUGGAGUGCUGGAAUUUAUUGCUGAUGAGGGUCUAAUAUAUCUCCCAUACUGGAUGAUGGAGAAUAUGCUUCUUUCAGAGGGAGACAUUGUGCAAGUUAAGAAUGCCAGCCUAUCGAAGGGCUCGUUCGUAAAACUCCAACCUCACACCAAGGAUUUUUUGGAUAUAUCCAACCCUAAAGCUGUGUUGGAGACAGCUUUGAGGAACUUCUCUUGUUUAACCACGGGGGACACUAUCAUGGUUGCUUAUAACAACAAAAAGUUUUACAUCGAUGUAGUAGAAACCAAACCUUCAGCAGCAGUAAGUAUCAUCGAGACUGACUGUGAGGUCGACUUUGCACCACCCCUUGAUUACAAAGAACCUGAGAAGCCGUCACGUACAACACCAACAAAGAAGCCAAGAUCAGAAGAUGAAGAAGAGCCGGCUAAGAAAGUCACCAAAUUUAACCCAUUUACAGGACCAGGGAGACGUUUAGAUGGGAAGUCUUCAGCGGCUGCUGAAGAAACAACCACCAUUCCAGUGUCGACUAAAUCUGAAGUAGCAGCAACUUCUGCUGCUUCUUUGUGCAAGGAGAAAGAAACACCAUUAAGCUCUAUUACUUCUACUCGGCCUAAUGGGAAACUUGUAUUUGGGUCAAGUUCAGACCAAGCCUCAAAUGUAACACCAAAAAGCACUCAGGCAGCAAAAAGCGAGGAGCCACCUGUUAAAGCAGAGGAACCAAAGUUCCAAGCAUUCACGGGGAAGAAAUAUACACUAAAAAGCUGAUCACGGAGAGUAUAUAUUCAUAUAUCAGUAUGGAGCUGACUGUUCUCAUGGUCAUUGUUAUCUAUACCUAGUUUCGAAGAAACUUGUCUUAACCCGUACUUAACCAUUGUUAGGUACAACAUUUUGGAUGGCUGCUUGACUGCAUACAAAUUGGGCAUUGGUUAAAAGGUUCAGCAUACAGUAUAUUUUACUUGGUUCCCAGUCUCUUGCUAUUGACUGCAGUACUAUUGAUACUUGUUUUGCAUAUAGCUGUCUAGUUUUGGCUGCUUAGUUAUUGAAUUGUUUAUAUGUCAUCUAUUUACAAAAAAGCUACUCUUUUUGCAAAGAUAAGACAAGAAUGGUCAAUUACUCCUUCUGUGACAAA